GGGUACAUCGAUGUGAUCGCUGAUUGGCUGCUGCUCCUGACGACCUCCUAUUGGCUGCGUCUGGGACUGCUCGCAGAAACUAGGUGACCGGUCACGGUAAAGAGCCGGGAGAACGCGUAACAAGCCCCGAAGGAGUGUGACAGCAGGAAGGAUCGUGUGCACCAUGCUGCCAAAUACAGGGAGACUAGCAGGAUGUACUUUGUUUAUCACUGGUGCCAGUCGUGGUAUUGGAAAAGCUAUAGCUUUAAAAGCUGCCAGAGAUGGUGCAAAUGUGGUCAUAGCGGCAAAAACCUCAGAACCGCACCCUAAGCUACCAGGAACAAUCUAUACUGCAGCCGAGGAAAUUGAGGCUGCUGGUGGAAAGGCUUUACCAUGUAUUGUUGACGUGAGAGAUGAAAAUCAGAUCAGUGAGGCAGUGGAAAAGGCAGUGAAAACAUUUGGAGGUAUAGACAUCUUGGUGAAUAAUGCUAGUGCCAUCAGCCUGACCAACACUUUGGAUACACCUAUGAAAAAAGUUGAUCUCAUGAUGGGCAUCAAUACUAGAGGAGCAUAUCUCACAUCAAAGAUCUGUAUCCCUUACUUGAAAAGAAGCAAAGUAGCACAUAUCCUUAAUCUCAGUCCCCCACUGAACCUUAACCCUGUUUGGUUCAAAAAUCACUGUGCAUAUACUAUAGCAAAGUAUGGAAUGUCCAUGUGUGUUCUUGGAAUGGCUGAAGAAUUCAAAGGAGAAAUUGCCGUCAAUGCGUUGUGGCCAAAAACAGCUAUACAUACAGCUGCUAUGGAUAUGCUGGGAGGAUCUGAGGUAAAUAAGCAGUGUAGGACUGCUGACAUCAUGGCUGAUGCUGCAUACUCCAUAUUGAUAAAGCCAAGAAGUUAUACUGGGAACUUUGUGAUUGAUGAGGAGUUACUGAAGACUGAGGGGAUUAAGGAUUUUGAUGUCUAUGCAGUAUCUCCAGGACAUCCAUUGCUUCCAGAUUUCUUUCUAGAUGCAAAUCCAGAUGAUGUUACCAGCAAAAUAGAGGAACAUGGUGGGACUGCAGCUUUUAAGGAUGGUAAGUCAGUUGCCUCAAGUACCAAGGGUCCUGUAGUGGAGACUUUUACUCUUAUUGAAAAAUCUAUCAAUAAGGAUGCUGUGAAGUCUGUUCAAGGAGUCUACCAAUUUGUGCUUUCAGGAUCAGAGGAAGGCACAUGGUAUAUGGACCUAAAAAAUGACAAGGGUGGAGUUGGAAAGGGUGAUCCACCUAUUAAACCAGAUGUUGUGAUGAGUAUGGAUAGUGAAGACUUUGUGAAGAUGUUUACAGGGAAAAUGAAGCCUACAAUGGCAUUCAUGUCUGGAAAGCUGAAAAUUAAAGGGAAUAUGGGCCUGGCAAUGAAACUGGAAGCACUCAUGGGGCGGAUGAACUCAAAGUUGUAAUUUUACUGUCUAGUUCUAAAUAAGAAUGUCAUAAAAUGAUUAAAUUACCUGACCACAAGCUAUAUAAAGGGAAAGGCAGAAAGCUCUAAGCUUACCAUAUACAAAGUUAACCAAAAUACUGUAGGUAUUUUUAAAUUGCCUUUUUGUAUUAAAUAGAUUUCAAUGAGGGUCUGAAUACAGUGAACACAUUUAUUGACUCUCUAGCCUGAGUGUUAAUGCUAUACACAUAAAUACUUAAUUGCAAAGUAUUGGAAAAUAACUUUUUGUAACCAUUAAAAGCUAGAUUUGGAG